GGCGACGGUGUGGCGGCCUCUGAAGUGGUCCAUCUGUCUACACCAUCAUUACUUGUUUACAUCAAGGCCAGGAAAAUGGCAGAAGGAGGAGGAACUCAGAAUGUCCUAUGUCGAUAUUUUAUGAACAAUGUGUGUAACAAAGCAGACCAUUGUCGAUUUUCACACGACCCAGCUACAGCACAGCCUUCAAUGUUCUGCCGAUAUUACCUAAAGGGAACGUGUGCCUAUGGAGAUAAGUGCAGGUACGAGCAUAGUGUGCCAGGGUAUGUUGGUAAAGUGUACGCUCCUCCGAAUAAUGCUGAGCCCACCUCAACCACCCGGACUGAUGGCGUGAGCUCACAAUUUAAUGUAAAAGUUACCCAAGAAACAGUAGUACCAUCUAGUCAGCCUAAUGCUUUAAGUGCAAGUAUUCCAGUGGGUGUAAACAAUGUAUCUCAACGAUUGCCAGCCAUCAACCACAACACAGUUAUGCACCAUCCAACUUCUAAUGGCAUAUCUAGUGCCAGGGAAAUGAUCAGUCUUGUUGCUGUUAGCAUCACUCAAUUUGUAGCUAUGAUACUAGAUGCCCAUAGAAUUCCACAUAAUCUACCCUCUCUCAACAAUAAAAAAAAUAUGUCAUUGGAAGAUGCUCGAAGCAGUGCAAAAAACCUUCAAAAUGUUGUGAUAAAGCUUGGAUCUGCUCUCUGCAAAUGUCUGAAUUCUGGAUCUUCAGAGGUACUAAUGGAGUUUGGUGCUCUGCUGGUGAACUUCUGGGCAGAAGCCAAGGAGCCAUGUCCGAACUUACUCUUCACCUGUGAAGACCUCGCCCAGAUUGUCAUGUCACCAGAUGGCCGACAGUUCCUUGAAAUGACAUUAAAUCAACUUCAGCAUCUAAUGUCUACACUAAAGUCAUUACUAAACUACCCUUAAUUAAUUUCAUCAGUAACAUCUUGUUUUUCUUGUGUUUAUCAGUUUAAAGUGCCAUCUUGUGUAAGAUACAGUACUUGGAGUUAUGGAUGAUAAACAACUGAUAACCAAAAUGGGGAACAUCUUAAUACUGUAAUAUGUAAACAUGUGUUGCUAUUUCUGUCAAUACCUCUAAUAGCAGCUUAUUUGUUAUUCCUCAGAAAUGGAAACUAAAAUAAUAUAAUCAUCAAUAGUGUACAGGCACUUCAAGUGUCAAAAGAAAGGCUUAAGUUAUUAUUAAGAGUCUAACUUGCAAUAUUCAUUUUAAGUAACAUUAAUGUCACUGUGGAAGAGAAGUUUUUUGAUAGACAGUGGAGGGGAAUAUUAACAAUCUACAUUAUAAGAAGCUUAGAUUUUCAUCAAUGAUAGAUUUUUAUCUUCUCUUUGUUUUUUUUACUCUUGCCUGCUUGGUAAACUUAAGGUGGACAUCAGAACUUAUUAUUAUCUUUACUGUUUUUUGUGUGUGAAUAUUUUGUAGGUGCGCUAGAUUCUAAAUACUCCCGUAUUAUGAAUUGUCAAGUUCAGUCUGCAUUUGUUUCCACUACUAGCUCAGACACUUAAAAUGCUGUCUCGGGGGAGUUAACUCCCUAUGGUAUCCUUCACUCCUUCAGGGUGUCUUAAAAAAAAAAAACAUAUGCCUAGCAAUGUUACCCUCACAUGUUGAUGUGUGACACAAACACACUUGCAAUUGCCACAAAAAUCAGUAAGGCAACGUGCAUAAAAUUUUUUGACACUUUAUUCCUUAAAUACCUCCUCGGAAAGUUCACCAGGAUUGUACAACAUAGAUAAUUAUUGUCAGCUAAGUGAACAUAUAAUAAUUUAAGAUUAUGUCUGUAGAAUGUCACCAUUUGCCAUGUUGUUAGUAUGAUAAAUUUCACCACUGUACAGGGUGUCCCUAAUUUAUCUGACUAAUUUUAAAAGUUUAUAACUUCAAAAACAUUAUAGAUUAAACAAACUGAUUCUAUUCUACUUGAUGAAGAACUCGAAAGCUUUUUUCUUGUCUUAGUUGAUUUCCGCACAUGUACAGUAUUACAGUAUCCUAUCCAUGAUGUUUUUGGGGUUUUUAAGUUUUAAAGUAAGUCAGAUAAUUUAUGGACACCAUGUCCUUUGGAGUAAAUAUUCUGCAAACAUCGUAUAAUAUUUGUUUUGCAUCACCCAGUGAGCUAUUCAGUCAUGUAUGAUAUAGAUUACAUAAUACUGUACUUGUAAUGCAGUGCUGAUGAAGCACAAACUGAACACCAUUGUAUAGCACUAGUAUUUAAAGAGGCAAUUUCUGACAUACAGUAUAACGAAGACUGAUUAUUGUUAGUUUAAGCAUUGCAAUACAAAUUACCAAAUGGAUAUUUGAAAUGAAGAAGUAGCUCUUGAAAUGUGAUAAGGCUUCUUAAGCUCAAUAAGUUAAAUGGUAAUAUGACUCGAAGAAAGGGGAAAAAUUUUGUAUGUUGACAUUUAGUGUUUAGUGGCAAUAUUGUUUGUACUGUUUAUGACCUAUACUAUUAUUAUUAUUUAUUUUUUUAAUGUACAGUACAGUACAGAGACUAGUUUGGAUAAACAUACUGAAACACUGAUGAAUUGGGGAAAUAAAGAUGUGUGACUUGAAGGUGUUACUGAUGUAUGACGUGAAGGUGUGAAUCAAUGUAUUGACUAAUUCAAAUGAGAGAUGGGUAAUGUGAUUGGUGCCCAAGUUGAGAACCUCAAGGUUCAAGCCCAUCUGAGGAUGGCAUACUUUAGACUGUAGGAAUAUGUGAUGAAGUUUGCCUGAGAUAGUUCACCUCAUGAUAAUAUUACCAAAGGUCAGAGGUUUAAGCUGCUAAAAACAGUUACUCUAAUCAACGGAGGCAAAAUAGUUUUCCACUGCAUGUUGUGGAAAUAUGGAUCAGGUUAUUUGAGGAAGUCGUCAGGUUUGAGUGGAUAGCUAAUAUGUAUAGUGACAUGAGUGUGUAGUAGCUCUGUUCACCCGUGCAGUUUAGUGCUGAUUAUUAUAAAUGAAAUGAAGAUGCAGGUUGAUCUAGUUAAGUAAUAGAUAUUCUGAUAAUAGAAAGUACAUGUACAGUAGCAGCUUUCUUGAACAUUUUAUUCUGUUAACUUUUCUAUGUAAUAUUGAUGUGUUAUAAUGGAAGUGCUACUGAAAUUUUUUUUUUUUUUUUACUUUGUGCUAUAUAAAAGAUGAUAAGGCUCUGGGCUUCUGAUAUUUGUUAAUAAAAGCCAAUACAAGAUUUUUUGGGGCAAAUAUAGAAAGGAGGUAUUUUCUUAGGCGUAUAUGAAUCUUUCUGAUGAUUAAAUGCACUACUUAGAGAAGACAGAUGCGGCAUUUAUCUAAGAAAAGUCUGUGCAAGAUUUCAGUCGCUACAAGUCCUUGCUCUUGAGUAUUUGAUUUGACAUUUAAGACAUAUAAAGAUGAACAAACUGGAGUAAGGUGAACCACAGAGCUUGGUGUUAGAAGUGGUGCAUUGGAUAGCAAAUGGAUAGUCUAUUAUGAUUUGGUUAGUCUUAAAUGACUUUGAUUAUAGUAUCAAUCACCUCCUCUUGUGAACUUUGGUAAUGUGAGGCAAUGAUCCAUAUUCCAGGCUAAUGUAGCAACGAGCAUACAGUUGGACCACUCUUUUUUUUAAGGCGUGCUGGGUCAGCCACAUAGAAAUUAUUGUCACUUUUUAAUGUUUUUCUAUUUAUUUCACCACUUAUCAGCCAUUUGGGUGAGGUCUGUUUUUUGUUACUUUGUUAAAACAUUUAUUUGGUUGUCUCUUCUUUUUUCCAAGCAUGUUCUUUGCCAUGGGCCACCUCACUUGUUGCAGACACUAUUCACCUUUUCAUAGCUGCAUAUUGUACAGCGGAAGGGUAAAGCAUCUUCUUCACCUUAAUGAAAGGUAAAUCAACAUGUAGAUUUCUGUACUGUUAUUUGGUGUAUAGCUGAAUGUUGGGGGAUUCCAUGACUGUAUGAAAAAGACUCUGUAGAGACCCUUCUGAUUUUAUGUGAGAGAACUAGUUGUAUUGAUUGUUGAUAAACAGAUUGUAAUUUGGAAUUCAGUAAGUAGGAAAAUUUUAAUUUGUACAUUUCACAUGUUGUGAUUUGGUAAAUUGAGGCUCAUUAAUACAGUACAGGUACAGUGUUUUAUUUUUAGGUGACAAUAUUUAUACUUUGCUCUCCAUAGCACGAAAAAUACAGAUCUAUAUUCCUGGUUAGAUCCAUACAAAUUCCUCUACUUCGAGUUCUUGCAUAUUUUUAUUCAUUGUAAACAAUGUUUUAUUAAUGCGUGUGUUUGUUUACCCAACAAACACACAGUUCUACAGUAUUACAGUCUAGAUAUACCUAACCUUCUCAUAUGUGAAGUUGUGUUUGUUGUAUCACCAAUCUUUACACACAUUAUUACAGUAUUUUGUAGAAUAUUUUAGAUGAAAGUGCGGGUUUCAGUGUGUGAUUGCAAUCUUGUUAAAAGUCACUGCUUUAUUUUUACCAAUUAAAAAAUAUACUACAAAAUAAUGAAAUAAUACUUUUCUGUGCUUGAUGAUAACUUUAGGUUGGACCUCAUGCUUGGCCCAUUGGGUAUAAGGAAUAUUACUGUCUUCUCCAAAAAUACUACACAUCAGUUUUGUGUUAGUCCCAGAUAAAGGAGCAGUGGAGGCAAUUGAAGUACAGUACUUGAAUCAUACACAACUGGAUUUGACUUUGUAAAGUAGUAAUGAAAUGACAUUGUAGGCAUAUAUAUAUAUAUAUAUAUAUAUAUCGGUAUAGAGAAAGCAAAGCAAUUUUAUACUAAAAUAAAUUUUUUGGUGUGCUACUUUAUGAAGUACUUAUACAGAAUAUUCUCAGAUGGGAUAAACCAGCAUAGAUGAUUCAUUUGAUCAUAGUGAAACUAAGGUUAUAUGAACAGAAGUGUUGAUUGUUAUUUUUUAGCUCCAGAUUUCUUGUGUUAAGUACUUUUGACACCUGUCUUCAAGACAGGAGCUAGUGUCUCCUCUCUUAUCUGUUAAUAUUUCUCUUUCCUCACUAUAUACUGGUAUGAUGAAGCUUAGUUGUUAGGUAUUUAUUAUUACUCUUUUUAUUUAAUAUACAGUACUAAUGUUCUCCAAUUUAUCCUCUACUUUGUUGGUGUGUUUUUGGCCGCGAUAUUACAUAUCUUAAAACUGGUUGUGUUUUUGCUUGCAAAUAGUGAUUAUCUAACCAUCUGUGUUGUUAUUCACUUAAUUGUUAGAAUUAAAUUUGUUAAAAUUAUUUUACCUCACAAGGUACAGCAGAGUAUGGUAGCUACGCCUUCAGCCUUUAGGGUUCACCAUAUGUGAUUCUACCCAUCUAUUAGUCUGUAUUCAGUACAGUACACUAUGUCAUAUUUUGCAUUUAAAGUAGAUUGACACAUUACUACAUUCUCCUUACACUUUGAUAUAUGUGUAAUAAUUAUUAAAUGCUGUGUCUCAUAUUGGUCAUUAUUUGUUGUUGAUACAGUAUUUAACUAUGUGACUAUAGCUAGUAAAAAAAAAAAUCUUAAGGUGUGAAGAAACAGUGUAGAGGUAAAGCUAUUUUUAAUUUAUUUCCUUUCUGUAAUGAUUUCUUAAUGUGUGUGCAGUACAGUACUUGAACAUAAUGUGGAGAUGGUUUUCAGUCAUUUUGUAAGUUAAUAUGAAGAGAAAUAUAUAUAUAUAUUUUAUACUUUU